CUCAACCUUCAGAUCAGCACAUCCCACUAUGCUUUGCGAUGGUCUGACAAGUGGAUCCAAGAUGGCGUAGAAAGUAAAGCUAGUAAUUGACUUUAAAUGCCUUACAUGACCAAGUGAGGGUACCCACGUGUCGAAUGCAUAAAACUUGGUAGGCAUUUUAAGAAGAAAGCGAUAAAAAAAUCCUCCCACUCAUGAAGUCUCUCCGGUGCAUGUGAGCAUGAUGAAUUCUCUCCACCAGACAUCUUCAACGUUUAACAGAAGUUUUGUCCCUGAGUCAUGGCGGACAGGAGAGCGGAGAAGUCAUGUGAAGAAGCCAGCAGAUCGUUAGCAAGGCGGGAGUACGACGCGGCAGUCAGCCACAGCACGGAGGCCCUGGUGGUCCUUGCACCCCAAGCACCACCUUCGGGUGCCCCUGUCCCACAGAGCCCUACGUCUCUUGUGGCUGCCACCGGACCCCUCCGCAGCCGCGCCCUGCUCUACCGAAUUGCUGCCUUCUUGCAGCUGAAAAACUAUGAUGAAGCAGAUGAAGACUGCAAACAUGUUAUGGCAGAAGAGGUGGCCAGGGGAGAUGGUUCGCUACAGGCCAGCCUGCGCUCCAUGCUGGUGGAUGGCAGCCUGCAGGAGGUGGCCAGCAUCCUCUCCAAAGCCUUGUAUGGAGAGCCAAUGAACGGCAUUGUUGCAAAAGACCUUUCCAGAUUAAAAAUGCUCUUCUCGGAAAUAGAGUCUAUAAACAGGGAGAUGGCGCCAGAAUACACAGAAGACCAGGAGGAAGAGGUCCAAGAUGGCUGGCAAUUCCGGCCUCCUCCCCGAGGAGUCACCAGCAGUGAGGAGUACACCCUCUGUAAAAGGUACUUGGAGCAGGGUCUGUGUCGGUACGGGGCCCAGUGUACGUCAGCCCACUCUCAGGAGGAGCUGAUGGAGUGGCAGAAGCGUUAUGCGUCACGCCUCAUCCGCCUCAAACAGCAGCAGGAGAGCAAACACUUCACAGAGAACUACAUGGAGACCCUGAUAGAGAAGUGGAUGAAUUCCCUCAGCCCAGAGAAAGUGCUAAGUGACUAUUUAGAAGGAGUGUCUGUAGAAACAAGCUCCAGCCUCUCUGUAACUGUUGCCGCCAAAAAAUCUGCCCACUCCUGGACCUUCUCGUUCUUGUGCAAGCCGCCUAGAAAGCUGUUCCGCAUCGCCCUGCUCUACGAUGCCCACCGGCCGCACUUCUUCAUCACAGGGGUGUCAUCUGAGGAGCGGCAGCAAACCCUCCCCAAAGGCUGCCAGGAGUGGACCCCAGGAGAGGAAGCAGCAGUGGUGCCAGACAAUGGCCUUGACCAUUCUAUCUACAAGGUGACAUUGGGCUUCAGCACGGAAAUCUUCGGUACCUUCCGACAGACCGUUGUUUUCGACUUCGGCUCAGAACCUGUGCUGAUGAAGCGAAUCAUGGUGGAUGCCGCCUCGAUUGAAGACCUUGAGCAUCUGAUGGCAGCCAGGCAGCAGCUCUUGAUCACGGCGAAGCGCUGGGACUCCUCCUGUAAGACCAUCGUAGAAUUCGUUCCUAAUGAGACGAUGGCAGACCUGGAGCGCAGCCUCCUAUCCCGCUAUCAGAUCCCUCUGUCGGCCGACCAGCUCUUCACCCAGUCCGUCCUGGACAAGACUCUGACCAAAGAAAACUACCAGGCCCGACUGCACGACCUGCUCUACAUUGAAGAGAUCGCACAGUACAAGGAAGUUAGCAAGUUUAACAUCAAGGUGAAUCUCCAGCUAGUCACCAGCUUCAUGCUGACGGGCAUUUCUGUUGGAGCCAAGUAUGCCCAGAAUGGACAGCUCUUUGCACGGUUCAAACUCACUGAAACACUCUCUGAGGACACAUUGGCUGGCCGGCUAGUGAUGACCAAGGUAAACUCAGUCCUCGUGCUGCCGUUAGUCCGGGAUGGGUACAGCAACCAUCCGCCCCCCGGGGUGAAAGAGCGUGUUUACGAGGCUGUGAUCGAGGAGAAGACCAAGGACUACAUCUUCCUGAGGAUCUGCAAGAACUGUGUGGAGGAGCUUGGGCUUAUUCCGGACAGAGAAUUACAGGUGGAGCUCCAGUUCCAGCUGAACCGACUGCCCCUCUGUGAGAUGCAAUACGCCCUGGAUCGCAUCAAAGAUAACGGCAUCCUCUUCCCUGACAUCGGCCUUCAACCCACCAUCCCCUGGAGCCCCAACAGGCAGUGGGACGAGCAGCUGGAUCCCCGUCUGAAUGCCAAGCAGAAAGAGGCCAUCCUUGCCAUCACCACACCGUGCUCUAUUCCACUGCCCCCAAUCCUCAUCAUUGGACCCUACGGCACCGGCAAGACCUUCACCCUGGCACAGGCUGUCAAGCACAUCCUCCGCCAGGAUGAAAGCAGGGUCCUGAUCUGCACCCACUCCAACAGUGCGGCCGACCUUUACAUCAAGGACUACCUUCAUCCUUACGUCGAAGCAGGCAACCCGCAUGCCAGACCUCUCAGGGUAUACUUCAGGAACCGCUGGGUGAAGACGGUGAACCCAGUGGUCCAGCAGUACUGUCUCAUCUCCAACACACACAUCACUUUCCAGAUGCCCACAAAGGAGGACAUCCUCAGGCACCGUGUGGUUGUGGUCACCCUCAGCACCUCCCAAUACCUCUGUCAGCUGGACCUGGAGCCUGGGUUUUUCUCUCAUAUCCUGUUGGAUGAAGCGGCCCAGGCCAUGGAGUGCGAAACCAUCAUGCCUUUUGCUCUAGCUAACAGGAGCACUCGCAUUGUGCUGGCUGGAGACCAUAUGCAGCUCAGUCCAUUUGUGUACAGUGAGUUUGCGCGGGAGCGGAACCUCCAUGUGUCGCUGCUGGACCGUCUGUAUGAGCACUACCCCGCUGAAUACCCCUGUCGCAUUCUCCUGUGUGAGAACUACCGCUCUCAUGAGGCUAUCAUCAACUACACGUCAGAAUUAUUUUAUGAUGGGAAGUUGAUGGCAAGCGGGAAGCAGCCCUCCCACAAGGACUUCUACCCUCUGACCUUCUUCACAGCCAGAGGAGAAGAUGUCCAGGAGAAGAAUAGCACUGCCUACUACAACAACGCAGAGGUGUUUGAGAUCGUGGAGCGGGUGGAAGAGUUGCGAAAGAAGUGGCCGGUGGCCUGGGGGAAGCUGGACGAUGGCAGCAUUGGAGUGGUGUCACCGUACGCUGACCAGGUGUUCCGCAUUCGUGCUGAGCUCCGAAAGAAGAGGAUGCAUGAGGUCAGCGUGGAGAGAGUGCUCAACGUCCAAGGUAAACAGUUCCGGGUGCUGUUCCUCAGCACGGUGCGGACGCGGCACACGUGCAAACACAAGCAGACGGCCAUCAAGCGGAAAGAGCAGCUAGUUGAGGACUCAACGGAGGACCUGGACUAUGGAUUCCUCUCCAACUACAAGCUGCUCAACACGGCCAUCACCAGAGCCCAGUCCCUGGUUGCAGUGGUGGGAGACCCCAUAGCACUGUGCUCUGUUGGACGCUGCAGAAAAUUCUGGGAGCACUUUAUCUCCAUCUGCCAUGAAAACUCGAGCCUUCACGGUAUCACCUUUGAGCAGAUUAAGUCUCAGCUGGAGGCCCUGGAGCUCAAGAAGACCUAUGUCCUCAACCCAUUGGCCCCAGAGUUCAUCCCCCGUGCCCUCAGGCCAAUGCUCGGGCACCACUCAUCUUCGCAGGCCCUCCAUCCCCACCACCACCCACAUCCUCAGCAUGUACAGCCCGCCUCCAGCAAGCAGGGUCCGCAGCAACAGCAACAGCAACAGCAACAGCAACAGCAGCAGCAGCAGCAGCAGCAGCAGCAGCAGCAGUCCCCCCCUAAGGGAAAACAUGCAAACCACACAGAGCACCUGCCGCCUGAAGGAUAUGUGCAACCCAACCCAGCCGUGCUCAUGGGAAACCCAAUUCGGGCAUUCAGCCCACCCUUGGGGGGCACACCAGCUGGCAUGGGCAAGUCACCCAGUCCUGUUCAGAGGAUAGAUCCCCACACAGGCGCCAGCAUCCUCUACGUCCCAGCGGUGUACGGUGGAAACAUGGUCAUGUCCAUGCCCCUGCCUUUGCCUUGGCCAGGUUACCAGAAUCGCUUUGCUGUGGAUCCUCGCAUCAUGAGCCACCCGGCAGCCAUGGCCUACAACUUCAAUCUGUUGCAGGCCCAGAAUCGAGGCUCCCCCAUCCCCUACAGUGGGGUCGGGCACCCCUCUCCUCUCGGGAUGGGCCAGCCUAGCCCCGACAAGGAGCUACAGGCUGACCCCAUCAGAAAUGGUAAAUUGGAAGGAUGUCCAAAGUCAGAGCAGAGCCGUCUUCACACACCAGAGAGGAAACCCGCAGACAUGAAGGAGAAACAGGGUGAUUUGGACACAGGCCAGAUUCGAAGUCUAGACUCCCAGUCGGACGGGAUUGGUGGAUUUCCCAACGCGCUGCUCCAUCGAAAGGAUCCCUCGGCUGCCCAAAGACCCCUCAACUACCACCUGGCACCGCCCAACCCAGCUUUCCCCCCACAUCCUGCCAGUGGAAGGGCCUUCCCCCCACAGUAUCCAGUCUCCAGACUCCCCUAUCGGGUCGGCCAGCCUCCACACCCGGGGAUGCCCCCGCAGAGUCAGCAGCAGCAGCAGCUCAGCCCUGCCUACGCUGGGGGCAGCCACAACGCUUCCUUCUUCAGUGGCCCCAUACCCCCCCACAGGGCCGUCCAGUCUCCCACUAUGGAUGGGCCGGAUUCUUUAGCGGUGGAGGAUAUGAGUAGCUCCAUCAGGACUCCAAUGGGCCACGCGGGGGGCCACCACCCAGGCCUGUCGCAGCAUAACCGGGUCAACAGCUUCGGGGAAGACGGACAGGAUGGAAGCCUGGGAGAUAGUUUGGACCUACAGGGGCCCUUGGCUCUAGAGGCCCUGAGCCAGCAGCAGCAGGCAGCCAGGCUGGGCCAGUGGAACGAGGCAGGCCCUUUCCUCCAGGGCGGCGUCGCCUUCCCUCUGCCCCAACAGCUCGCCCACCUUGCUCAGCCUGGCAUGGCUCGAUUCCCCCAUCAGCUUCUCCGGGCUGCUAGCUGGGGCCUCGGUGCCAAUAUGGAGGAUGAAGCUGUAACCUCUGCCAACUCGGUGCCACCUUUCAACAGGUACCCGGGUCUCUUGAGAGAAAUGCCCCCCCAGGAACAGCCUGAACCCAGGGAUGCAGCUGAGAUGCAGCCCCCACCUCAAUCCCGACUCCUCCAGUACCGCCAGUCUCAGUCCCGUUCCUCAGGUGACCCUUCAUCCUCAUUGGCCUCCUCCUCCAAUCACGCUGGCCCUUACCCAUCAGGACCUUACUCCCAUGACCCAGGCCGCGAUCUGCUCAAUGAUAACCUUCUGAACAACCCAGCUCUGCAGCAGCACCCGGCCAACCCCCUGUAUAAUGCUGGCAACUACCCGCAUCAGCCCCCUGCCCACUCUGCCAGCCCCCCUUCCUCCCAGGUCAAAUACCUUCUGCAAGAGGCCCAGUGGCCUCAUGGCGGAGCUGCGUCAGUGAGCCCACCACAGCAGAACCACCUGUUAGGGAACCAGGGUCACAACCUUCCUUAUGCCAUGCCCAUCAUGGCCCACCCAAGCAGGCAGCAGGAGCAAGUCCACCUGAUGCAACUUCACCAUCAGCACCACCAGCAACAACAGCAACAACAACAACAACAACAACAACACCAACAGCAGCAGCAGCAGCAACAACAACAACAACAACAACACCAACAGCAGCAACAACAGCAGCAGCAGCAGCAACAACAACAACAACAACAGCAGCAGCAGCAACAACAACACCAACAACAACAAAGUCAAGGUUCAGACCAGGAGUCCUACCACCCACUGUCCCCCAGAACAUCAGCAGCCACAGCCAUUCACAACGUAGAUGAGUAUGAACCCAGAGGUCCAGGCCGGCCCCUCUAUCAGCGCCGCAUCUCCUCCAGCUACCCGGAUGACUCGUCUCCAGCCAACGCCCACACAGCCCUGUCCCAGCAGUCCCAGCCCUGUCCAUCAGACCCCCAGGAACACCCUCAUCCACACAUACAGCAUCAUCAGCACCCGCACGCCCCCUACGGUUACCCCCCACAUGACGUCUGGCCGAGUAAUGGCGGGGGCCCCGGCCCUGGUCCGUUCCAGAACAUUCCAUGUAACGGAGCCGCCACACUCGCUCAACACCGGGACUUAAUGGCUGCGAAGGCCCUUCGUCAGACGGAAGAGCAGGUGAAGGCCGAGGCCACAGCAGCACAGCAGACGCACCCUCACUCCCUAAACUCCCUUCAGCACCUUGGACAGUUUCCUCCUCUCAUGCCCAAUAACAAGCAGCAGCAGCAGCAGCAACCGCAGCAGCAACCGCAGCAGCAGCAGCAACCGCAGCAGCAGCAGCAGCAGCAGCAGCAGCAGCAGCCGCCGCCGCCACAGCAGCAGCAAACGCAGCAGCAGCAGCCCCGCCCCCCCCCGCCACCGCAGGCACCCACAGAGGCCAGCCAGGGGGCUCCAAAUUUAAGCAAACCACCAACCAUGUCCUAUGCCAGCGCCCUCCGCGCUCCACCCAAACCCCGAGCUGUUCGCCCUGAACAGGCCAAAAAGAACAGCGACCCCCUCUCCCUCCUACAAGAGCUGAGUAUAGGAAGUUCAAAUGGUAGCAAUGGGUACUAUUCCUACUUUAAAUAAGUGUCACCCCUCCCACAUUAUAAGUAAGUAAUGAAAAUAUAUAAAACAAAACAAAAAAGGUAAAACUCAUUCUAAAAACACGAAAAAAAAAUUAGUACAAAGUGCAUUUCUAAAUUGUUUCUAUCGGUAGGUUUUUCUUUCUGCAUUUUGUUUCAUUUAAACUUUUUAUUUGUAACAGUCCUCUUUUCUCCUCUUUCACAUAUCUGUGAAGAAAAUAAGUAUAUAUAAUGAAUGCAUUACCGGUAUAUAUACAUACUCAUUAUGUAUAUAUGAAUAUAUACUUAUAUUAUCCACACUUGUAUAUGUACGUAAUGCUAAAAAAAGUUAUAAAAAAAAUAAAAUAUAAAAAGGUGAGAUUCGGUUGACCACUUAGCUGCCUGCUUAAUUUUCCUUAUUGAAGUUGGUUUUGUUGGUUACUAAAAAAGUAUGUUGAAGGUUUUAUCAAUUUGUAUGCCUCAGUUUUGAGUGGACGUUGCGUCUUGAUUUUCAAAAUACUGUAGUUGUGGUAACGGACAAAAGCUAAGUGGUCAACCGACACAGAAACUACAUGGAACAGUGUAUAGAAGUAGAUAAAUUUUCCUCUAAUCUGUAAAUAUAAAGAAAAUAAAAGACUGAAUUGUAUGCCACAGACAUGUCCUUAAAUUCCUGUAUCAUGUUAGCAUUUGCAUUAUGAAUUAUUUUUCGUUUGUUGGCUUCUGAUCCUUAAUUCGUAGACAUCCUGGAAAUAGCUGGGAAUUCUCUUCAGUAACUUAGUAGUAAAUGUGAUUGUUUUCUAAAAAAUAACAAUUUCAUAUUUUACUUUUCACCAAUGUCAGCAACAAUAGAAACUGUGUAAAAAAAAAGUCAGAAAAACAACAACCACUUAAUUCCUCCUUUGUUUGUGUUAAGGAUCAGAGAACACCAGACACCGCUUUCUAUGAUAAGAUAUCCAAACCGCUUCGCUUGUGGCCGAUUCUGUCAUUUUAUUUCUUUUGUGUGUGCCAUCAAAAAUAGACCUCGGAAAUGGUUUUAAUAACUGCUGACGAUAUUCGAUGUGUUUUGUCACUAAUAGACGCUGAGCUUCUUUUGAAAAGGUUGAAGUACUCUGAAGGUUUGUGAAAGUGCAGAGAGGGGUGAGGUCAGAGUGGUGUGUCGUGAUAGGUAAGUUGAAACUGAGGGUGUGAUCAACACUGCCAGUCAGACGCUUUUGAACAUGCUUAACGUGAGCCUUUUUGGUUAAAUCAGAAGUAUAAUGAGACUGUAGAUACAUAGAAAAUACCCUGACCUUUAAAAAUACACGUUCAUCACAUUCAUGCUUUUCAUUUGUCUCGGAACAAUACUGGAUCUUUGUCACCAUAGUAACAGCCACAACAGCACUCAGAUCCCUGCUGCUGUAAAUGCUGGUCUCACAGAUGUUUGUAGCCAUAAUUUUUCCCAGUUUCUGGAAUCCCUUUCCCAGUGUAAGACAGUUUUCCUAAAGAUCAUUGUUCUCCUUUCUCUGUAAGACGAUCUUUAAAUCCGAGUUAUAUAAACAACGGUCUCAUCCAUGAGCUAAUAUGUGCUCCAAGUUCUACCAAAAAUAUUGAUCAUUCACAAUAAAAAUCCUUACAUUUUUGGAGAACUUUAGGUCAUUCCAAGUCCCCCCAUCAUCUUUUUCAACACUCUGCUUGUGAUUUAACCAAAAAGGUAACACUUAAAGUAACUAUUCAAUGAGCUGUUCAAAGACGUGUGUCUGUUUUUGGGGCUGUGCGUAACAAGUAUGAGUUGGUGAUGUUUUAUGUUUCUUGGUUAUUCAGAUAAUGACAUUAUUCACCUUUUCAGUUUGAUCCAAUUGAAAUAUUAAUAUUAGAUUAGAUUGACUAAUCCCAUUCACUUUAAAUUAAAUUGAAAUAGCUCUGACCGUGCUUUGCGUUCAAAUGACCUUCUUCUCACGACCAGAAAACACGAUGAACAGGACACGACAUUAAUUUUACUCGGCCACACAGCUCGCAUGCAAAGGAAUCUUACUGCGUUCAUAGAGAGCCAUGGUUAUCAGGAGUCCCAAAUAUGAAAAAGAUGUUGAUGCUAUAUCUGCCAAGGGUUUUCUUUAAUAAUAAAAGCAAUGCUGGAAACAGUCAUCCAGUACUCAAUUCUGUUUUACCUAUUUCAUUUGAAUUGUUGAAAUACCACUGCCCCAUUCGCAAACUGAUAGUCGUACCGAAAUCACCCGGCUGUUUCGUGGCUUUGAUACGGCGGUGAGUCACUGUCUUAAAGUGAUCCUCAGUAAGCUCGUACCCUACAGCGAUUUACAUAGAUGUGUUUUUAACAUUCAGCGGAGAGCUUCAUGUUCUUAUUCGUACGUUUUUAAGUUUUCACAUUGUCAUUCAAAGGUCCAGAUCUUUUGACUUGGCGGAAAACAACACAUACUUGUAAAUAUGCAUUUUGUAGGUAUUUACAAACAAACUUUGGGAGUGCCUCAAUUUUGUAGAAGCUGUUCCAAGAGGAGGUAUGCCCUUUUUAAUUAUGCAAAACAAAAAAUAUCAAUCCUACGAAUAAUGAACAACAACAACAACAGUAACCCAGUGGAUAGUUGCAACAUCUUGUAACUGUUUUUUGAUAAGAUGGUGUCUGGCUGAUUUGACAAAGAGGAGAAUUUCUGUUGCAGCUGUUUUUCAGACGACUUAUUUCACUGUACAAUACAUAUUGGAAAGUAUAUGUUGCUGGAUUUGUCCUGUAUUGUUUUCUCACAACUAUACAACAAUCAACAUGGAUUCAUUUCUUUUUGUUAAUGUGAAGAUGUUUUUUUUUCCUUUUCAUGCAUGUUGAGAUGACCUGGCUGGUUUUAUCCCUGUUUUUAUCAGUUUGUAUUGAUUUGUGAAUGAAUUAAAAAUGAAGAAAAGAAAAAAAACAGCUUAUGUUCAACCUUCGGAGUCAAUUUUGGUAUAUUAUUUGAUGUGUACAAUAACUUGUGACAUUAUCAACAAAACUUAUGAUAUUUUACUAACAUGUCAAUCAAAUAUGUAAUGGUUAUGUAAGUUAUUUUCUUUCUGCAGUUACUUAGCAUGGCUGAAGCUUAGGUUGCUCCCCGGUGUGUGUCGUAUUUACAAAGCUCAGUUUGUUCGGGAAAAUAAUUUCCCUCAAAGCAGUCGUUGGCUAAUCUCUGAAGUUUCGCAAUACUAAUAUUACACCGCUUCUUCAUUUUUAUUUAUUUUGGAGCAGAAGAGAUUGAGCCAAAGACAUUUUAAAAGGAUGUUAUUUACAACUCAUCAUCAAUGUUGAUUUGUUUUAAGGCUUCCUUUAUGUUGGAUCCCAAAAUGAGUUGUCCAGGAUCUUUACUGUGAAACUAAAAGUCUUUCAAAUGAAUUGUAAAUGUUUUCACCUUGCAAUAUUGAACCAUGUUUUAUGAUAUGAAUUAUUGUCUUUAAAAAAAAAAUACCAGUUUGUUUGUGUACACAUGGAAAGGGAGCAACCUUUUGCCCAGCCAGUAGAGAGCACUGUGUUAAGCCUUCUUUAAACGCCACAUCUCUUCCCGUUCUCUGUUUGCUCUCCUCUGUUCUUCCCUCGCUGCAGUGAAUCAAUGGCACACCUGUUCUCCCAGCCUCCCAGCCCCAUUGGUUCCUCCCUCGUGGGUACAAAAACAAUGAAUAGAUCUGUUUUACUCUUCUUCAUUUCAAUUGGUGGUGGUUAUAAUCAAGGAUUUAGACUGUGUUUCAAAGGUUUAUUUUCUUUUUUAUUUGUUUCUCUAUUAAAGUGUUUUUAUUGAAA